UGUCUGGCUUCACAGCCGUGUCAAAUCGCUGUUCAAGCACGUCUGUUCACAAAGAAUAGCCUCUACACCGGCGUCUUUAAAUCAUGGCGACCGUCGAAGGUCUUCCGCCCGACUCGCUCACCUUACUGCGCAAACACAUUGCCUCCUCGACCUCCCCCAUCCCGUCCAAAUCCCAAGACGCAACCAGCCCUGCAGACACCGAUGUCCCCCUCGCCGAGGCCGCAUACCUUAUCUUCAACACUCAGACGGCCGAGGAUGGCGCGGAACACAUCGCAAUUCCUUUCAGCCAACCAACGCGGUUUGUCUCCGAGGCACAGCAGAAAGCCAUCGAUCUGCGCUCCGUAUACUUUGGGUGGCUACACAAGGACACGGGCGUUGGGGAAUACAUCAAUGCCGUCACCACGCUGAACGAAGAUUUAAAAGCGGCGGGCAAGGAAGAGACCGUUACCAAUCUGGUCUUCACCGAGAAGUUCGAUCUCAUAUCAUGGCUUCAAGGCGAUGUUGCAGAGGAAGGGAGCGAGUACAUCCGCAGCCUGGACGAUAACAAGCAAGUGCGCAAGGAGGCGAAUGAUGCUGCUGAUGCGGCACGAGGAGGCGAGGAUGUUGAGAUGCGAGAUGCUGGCCUCACCGACGCCGCGGCGCGGAAGAGGGAAGAGGAGAGACUGCGAGAGAUCUACGCGGCCGAGCGCAAGAUGGGCGACCGCAACACCCUCCUGCGCGGCGUGCGCGUGCAAGACUUCAGCGGCGUGAGAAAGUACACUCCACUCUUCCUGGGCAAAUCAAGGGCGGCCCAGCAGCAGCCUCAGCCCGCACCCGCCCUCAGCAACAAUCCCGCGUUGCGUCCCCCGGUCAAAGCAGCACAGCCUGGCCGGCGUCUCGAACCCAUCAUCCUGCUCUCUCCCUCGGCCUCCUCCCUGCUCACCAUGUCGAACAUCAAAUCCUUCCUCGUCGACGGUGUCUACACCCCCCCGGAAUCCGGCUCGGCCUCCAACAUCCUCCACAUCUCCCGCAACAUCCCUUCCAUCUCCUCGCAUUCGCUGCGCUUCAUCCUCGUCGACAGCCCGGACAACUUUCGCCCGGACUACUGGUCGCGUGUUGUAGCGGUUUUCACAACCGGGCAGACGUGGCAAUUCAAGAAUUACAAGUGGCAGAACCCCGCGGAGCUCUUUGCGAAUGCUCUAGGCGUAUACGUUGGGUGGAGAGGAGAAGUGGUGCCGGACACUGUGAAAGGGUGGGGCCGUGGCGUGCUGACUGUGCAGAUUGACAAGGGCUCACAGAGGUGGAGGGAUAGGGAGGUGGUCGAGGAUGUGUGGAGCGCCAUUGAGGGGAGGAUGAAAGCUAUCGGGUGGGGAAGAGGCGGGCGUUGAUUUAUGAGUGCUACGGGUGUCAUCGUGACCGAGAGCGUUUCAGCGUUGGCGUUUGUGAGAGGGCCAGUCAAGGACCUUGCUCUCUGGGUAUGAUAUAACGAGAUAGAAAUUGAAUCGAGUUUGCGGGAACACGCUCUUCGAACCACAUCUUGAUGCUUAGGAACGUA